CUAAUAAGUUUUGACCUUUGAUAACACUGUUUAAAGAAAAAGAGGAUAUCUCGUUCGCAUUUCAUAAGAGUGUGAAUUAAAAUCUUGUGAAUAAAUCGUUUAAAAAUGUCUAAUAAAUUAUGGGGUGGAAGAUUUACUACGUCGACAAGUCCAGAAUUAGAAAAAUUAAAUUCAUCGAUUGAUUUAGAUAAACGCUUAUACGCUGAAGAUAUAAUAUGCUCAAAAAUGUACUCGAAAAGUUUAUGUUCUAUCAAUUUAUUAACCGAUGAUGAAACUAAAUCGAUUUGUGAUGGUUUAGAUCGGAUUAAAAUUGAAUGGGAACAAGGAGAUUUUAAGAUUUUACCUGGAGAUGAAGAUAUUCACACUGCAAACGAGAGAAGGCUAAAAGAAUUAAUUGGAGAACCUGCAACAAAAAUCCACGUUGGAAGAAGUCGAAACGAUCAAGUUGCAACCGACAUGAAAUUAUGGUUAAAAAAAUCAAUAAAUGAACUCGAUAAAUGUCUGAGAGAUUUAGUUCAAAUAAUCGUGAAUAGAGCAACAAAAGAAAUUGAAAUAGUUAUGCCGGGGUAUACUCAUUUACAAAGAGCACAGCCCGUUAGAUGGAGCCACUGGUUGUUGAGUCAUGCUUGGAAUUUUAAAUCCGAUUCGGAUAAACUAGAACAACUUUACACCCACACAAACAUUAUGCCAUUGGGAAGUGGGGCGAUCGCGGGAAAUCCGUUCCACAUCGAGCGCCAUCUAUUGGCGUAUUCUUUAGAUUUCAAUGCAAUCACACAAAAUAGCAUGCAAGCAGUGGGCGAUCGCGAUUUCAUCGUUGAAUUUUUAUUUUGGGCAUCGCUAACCGGUAUUCAUUUGAGCCGAUUCGCAGAGGAUCUAAUUUUAUUUAGCACGAAAGAAUUCGAUUUUGUUACAAUCAGCGAUUCUCAUAGCACUGGAAGUAGUUUGAUGCCACAAAAAAGAAACCCUGAUAGUUUAGAAUUAAUUCGGGGAAUUGGUGGUAGUCUUUUUGGACAGUGUUGCAGUUUAAUGAUGACUUUAAAAAGUCUUCCAUCAACUUACAACAAAGAUCUUCAAAACGAUAAAGAAACUAUGUUUAGUACUUACGAUAAAUUAACUUCAAUUUUAAAAGUUGCAAAAGGAACUGUUGAAUUUUUGAAAGUAAAUUCAGUUAAAUGUCGGGAAGCUUUAAGCUUUGAAAUGUUAGCGACCGAUUUAGCUUAUUAUCUGGUGAGAAAAGGAGUUCCAUUUAGGGAAGCUCAUCAUGCAGCUGGGAAAGUUGUUACGGAAGCUGAAAAAAAGGAAGUUUUUAUUUACGACUUAACCUUGGAGGAGCUUAAAACUAUUAAUGAACACUUUGAUUCUGAUGUGGCUAAAGUUUGGAAUUACGAAAAUAGUAUAGAACAAUACCAAGCCAUUGGUGGUACGAGUAAAAGUAGUGUUUUACAUCAAAUUAAUUCAUUGGAUGCUUGGUUAAAUUAUACUAAUGUUGCAGCUAAAGAAGCGUAAAUAAUAUCUUUUUAGUUUUGUUGUUAAAAUUAAAUGACAAUUAUUGUGAUAAAUAAAAAGCUGUUAAACAAAA